AUAUCUCUUUUACUCAUUGGUUCCUCAAUUUAAAAGGUGAAUUUGAAAAUUUGGCAAGAAACUUUGUUAGUUACGCUUAUAAUUUUAGAACUUUUUAAAGUUACUAAAUAACAAAAUACGCUGCUAUUUACACUUUAAACAAAAAUGUCUGCUUUAAUAAAUGAAAAAGUUUGGCUGGACAAAACUAUCUACACAGAUGCCGAACGAAACUAUUAUGAAUCUUUAUCAAAGGGCCAAGUCUCUACAAGUGGAUCAUCUUUAGCUAGUGAAGUGGCCAAAGCUAGGCAGCACAUUAAAAAUUCACUAGAAUGUAUGGACAGUGUUGCUGCAUUAGCUGGAGUUCCUAACACUGAAAUUAACAACAAACUAAAUAGUCUAGAAAAAGAAAAUUCAGAUUUAAAGAAGGCUGUAGAUGACUUGCGUAAACUAGUUAUUAGUCUACAAGUAAGAGUCGAAUCAUUGGAGUCAGUGGGUUCUUCAAGCAACAUUCAAGUUGAAACAACAAAAAAAGCCACAGCUCAAGAAGAUUCCGAUGAUGGUGUUGAUUUGUUUGGGUCUGAUGAUGAAGAAGAAAGUGCUGAAGCAGCAAAAAUAAGAGAAGAAAGACUUGCAGCAUACAAUGCAAAGAAAUCCAAAAAACCAGUGCUCAUUGCAAAAUCAAAUAUAAUAUUGGAUGUUAAGCCAUGGGAUGAUGAGACUGACAUGAAAGCUAUGGAAGAAGCAGUUAGAUCUAUCAGCAAUGAUGGUCUUUUAUGGGGGGCUGCAAAACUUGUACCUCUUGCAUUUGGCAUUCAAAAGUUGCAAAUAUCGUGUGUAGUUGAAGAUGAAAAAAUUUCAGUUGAUUGGCUAACCGAAGAAAUCGAAAAGUUUGAAGAUCUUGUUCAAAGUGUGGAUAUUGCUGCUUUUAAUAAAGUUUAACAUGUAAUAAACUGAAAGACUAAAUUGCUGUUAUUAAAUAGCCAUAUUUCUUUUACCCUGUU